UCUGGAUCCCCCCGUGCUGGUUGUCUGCUACUGAGCCCGUAAUGGCCGAUCAAGAUGAUCCUCUGGUCCAGGCACUCCCCCCCACCACAGACUAUCUCACCUACCUGACCCUGUUGGAGUACCAAUUAACCCGAUCCCGCUUGCCCACGCUGCACAGGCUGCUGCAGGAUGAAACGCUCACCACCAACAUUGGCUGGGAUUUGGUUCAGCUGCUUUUGCCCAUGCUACCUGAUUCCCAAGACUGCUUGAGCGACAUCGCAAGACUGGGAAAUCCGAGGGAAGUCAUCCUGAGCGUCUCCGAUGCUCUGAUGAAGCUCCAGCCAGAGGACGACCACGACAAGUCUGAAACGGCCAGUGAACUACCAGCAGUGGCAUCAACUGCGCAAGAAACUCAGUUUGAAAAGACUACGUCUGGCGAUUGGAAUGUUAAUGACCAAAAAAAACAGUCUCUUCCGGCGCACAUUCUGCAAUUCAACUGCCUCAUAGCCAUGCUGUCCGUGCUCCAUACUCGCAUCCGGACCAAGUAUCCCAGUCGAUUCGUCGCAACUUCACUCCAGGCUGCGUUAGAAGCAUACACUCUGAUGCCGACAAGUGAGACAACGUUGGCUCUUCUUGAGUUCUUCAGAGAAGUGUCCCCCACCAAGAGGCCUGCUCCGCCUCCAAGAGUCCCAACGGAAUCCAGCGUCGUGCGUGUUUCCAGAGUGUCUGCUCCAGACCCCGAGGCUGAAACCCGCUCGUCUGCAACCACCAACGAUGAAGGGGCGCUUGUCAAGAAAUUGUUGCAGUUUGGCCUCGUCGAGGUUCUCAAAUCGUACCUCUUGAGUCUCUCCAGUCCCAUGGAUCCGGGCAUGUCCUGGGCUGUCCGAUUGCAGGAGAAACUGCACCCCGAGUCGCGUUUGCCUAAGCGCUACUCGCAGACUGAAAAUUAUGUGACUACCAAAAAUCUCGCUGAGAGGGAUAUGAUCGUGGGGAUGAUCACUGCACUCUCUCGGGACCUUGGCCUCAGUGACAAGUUGCUGGUUGAGAUUGUGUCCACGCCAUCUGCAGGCCAUCUCCCACCACUUGACUUUGAAGAGAUGCCAAAGAAUCCAGAGGAAAUCCCGAUCGAACGGCACGGAGCGCUCCUCCUCUUAGCAGCUCGUGCGGCAACCUUAACGCUGUUUUCUUCAGUGCAAGAAGCCUCCCCGAUUCUAAUAUACCCUGAAUUGGCAUACAUCUACUCAAACUUUAUCGGUACCUUUGAGACUCCCGAUGCAGUGUCCUUCGGACAACCUCGGAUCCUCUUAGACUCUCUGCUCGCCCUGACCAUCCUCUCCAUCAGGAAGCCGAUUGGGAACCCAGCAGAUGAGAAGGAGUUCGGGGAUUUCGUCCUGUCACUGACCGCGUGCACCGCACGACAGAGCUACGGCACUGUUCGACGGAUCCCCGCAACCGUCGUCCAUAGCAACCCGUCACCACUGUCCCGUUUCAAAAUCAUCCGGCACAUUCUGGAAGACAAUAAGCUACAGACGCUCAAGGACAGCGCUAUUGGAUGGCUUAAGGACGAGAUAUUGUCCGCAGCAGACCAGAUAUCGUCAGACCCUGAUAACAUCUUCCUCGACCCGCACUACUUCUCGGUCCUUUUCCCUUUGCUCUUCGACUCCGUAGACCUCAGGCUUAAUACCACGUCGGACAUCGUAGCCUCGUGGUCCCGGUUCACGCAGAUUCUGACACCCCCGAUUCACUCUGCGCUUAGUCUAUAUUACAUUCUCAUCUCAUCCCCUGCUCUUCGUGACCGCCUGCAGCUGGGGAAAAGUUACGGCUACUUCCGGACGCGUUUUCUGGAGCCACUGCGAUCUGUCAUCCGUGCUUUCGAAGCCGACUUAACGCAGAACGGUGGCAGCGGACAGCUUGAGGCGGUGGUGGGAGAGAGUAUGUGUCAGAUUGGCAUGAUGAGGUCUGUGGGCGUGGUUUCGAAUGUGUUGGGACAGGUUGAGGACGUCGUGGGUGAUGUCUUCGAUGGUUCUGAGCUUGAGGGACCGUCUACGGAGGAUGUUAGGAUUGUGGAGGAGAUAAGGGAUAAAACUGUGUAGUAUGCGUAUCCGAUGAUUUGAACCUUCAAUGCUUUUUUUUAAGUAAUAUAAUUGUCUACGAAGAACACGUUGCUUUUACUUUCCU